ACGGACCCGGGCGCUAGGGGUCCCCACUGGGCCCGGGGCCCCUGGUGGUUGCCAUGGUGACGCGGGGUCGGCAGCUCCGCGCCGUGCAAACAAAGCCGCGCGCCCGCUCCGCGCCCGAGCUCCUCCUCCUAGGGCGCCUCCCUCCCUCGCCGCCGCCGCCGCCGCCGGAGCGGCUCCCGGCCCCCGCCUUCGCCGCCGUCUCCGCGGGCCAGACCCUUCAUGUGGCCUUUUAAAAUGUGCAUUUGAGACAGAAUAAAUGUAGAAGCUGAACAAUGCCUGGAAGGUUUCUGAUUUCUGUCACUAUUCCUGCCUUUUUGCACAACUGCCCAAUUUGGAUAAUGUGAUACUCAGAGGGACAUCUUCAUCGAAGUCCUUCCUCCAGCAGACGCAUCUGGCCAGAGAACCCACAUGGAGCUCGGGAUGGCCAGUCAGCCCGCAGAGGAUGCGGCAGAGUCCCAGGUGCCCGACGAGCUCGAGUGUAAGAUCUGCUACAAUCGGUACAACCUGAAGCAGAGGAAGCCCAAAGUGCUGGGGUGUUGCCACAGGGUCUGUGCCAGGUGUCUCUGCAAGAUCAUAGACUUCGGGGACUCCCCGCAGGGCGUCAUCGUCUGCCCUUUCUGUAGGUUUGAGACGUGCCUGCCGGACGAUGAAGUGAGCAGCUUGCCCGAUGACAACAACAUCCUCGUCAACCUGACUUGUGGAGGCAAAGGCAAGAAGUGCCUGCCGGACAACCCCACCGAGCUGCUGCUGACCCCCAAGAGGCUGGCCUCGCUCGUCAGCCCUUCGCACGCCUCCUCCAACUGCCUGGUCAUAACCAUCAUGGAGGUGCAGCGGGAGAGCUCGCCCUCUCUGAGCUCCACCCCUGUGGUGGAAUUUUACAGGCCGGCGAGUUUCGACUCGGUCCCCACUGUGUCCCCCAACUGGACGGUGUGGAACUGUACCUCGCUGCUCUUUCAGACCUCCAUCCGGGUGCUGGUUUGGUUGCUUGGGCUGCUGUACUUCAGCUCCCUGCCCUUGGGGAUCUACUUACUGGUGUCUAAGAAAGUCACCCUCGGGGUCGUCUUUGUCAGCCUCGUCCCGUCGAGCCUUGUUAUUCUCAUGGUGUAUGGUUUCUGCCAGUGUGUUUGUCAUGAAUUUCUAGACUGUAUGGCACCUUCCUCUUAAUCUACAUGCAAACCAAGAAACUGGACACGCGUUGCCAUGUUUGAAGUUAGGUUGUUUAUCAUUUAUUUUCUUUCACGUUUGCUGAGAUGGGUGUCCAUGACAUUCACAAAGCCCCCAGCCAUGUGUCUGUGGCCUGUUUUCCAUUAGAACAUUGACUCAGUUGGUUUUGCUGUGUUCUGGAAGGAAAAUUACGCAGUUCUAUGAAGGCAAAGAAGCAAAACUGUGUAAGCACAGUCUUCGUACAGCCAACCUUGCAGUCUUCCAGGGAAAGAGCAAGGUUUCACCCCACACUGCCGGACAGACAGACACACAGGGCGAGGUGUGCUAGGCUGCAGCACAGGUCUUCCGGAAGGUUAUAGGAAUGAGCUGAUUCCUCUUAUAAUCAUCCAAAAUCUACACUGGAGGGUGGACACGAGAUGAAAGCUGUUCCAGGACACGACUUGUGCAUUCGAAAAGCAUCCGCUGUUCACCCACCCCGCCAACCCUCACCCACCACCACCCACCUGUUGUUGGAACUGCUCUGAAUCCUCUUCAGGUGUUUUCUCUCCUAAGUUGAUGCCACUCGCUGUGGCCUGUGGCUCCAGCUUAGACGCUUGUUCCCUCUGCACAGGCUCCCUAGCCAAGAGGAAACAGCCUCACCCCCGUGUGGGGUUUCAAUGACCGGUCUGCCCACAUUACUGAAGAGAAUUAAAAACAUUGAGGGAUUUGCAUCAAAGUAAACUUUAUGACAGAAUAUGGCCAUUUGUUUUUGAGACACACCCUUUCCUCCACAUUUAUUGUCCUCUCUCCUCAGUCUUCUCUGAAAUUCUCACAGAGCAAUUAUUACUCAUGGAAAUCUUCAGUUGAGUCUUUCCUUAAAACCUUUUAGUUUAGUUUAGUUUUUUUUUUUUUUAUUUAACAAUGUUGUUCAAUGAGCCUCACCCCUUACCCUGAAUUAGGUUUCAUUUAAGUUAGUUGCUAUAAGCUUAUGAGGAUAUUUUUCCCUAUUGUAUUUUAAAUAUUGUGGGCUUACUUAACUUAAUCCUGUGACAGUUUGGGGUAAAUUAUGGCACGGAAACCCAGAAGCAGUUAUUGAGAUGUUCUACUUUACAGGGUGAAGGGCUGAGAAACUAAAUAAGCAUUUUCCUGUACUAUACUCAGUUAAACCAAAAUAUAAUGGUUUAGGUUUAUGUGCAAAACUGUGUUCCAGUAAGCCAGGCAACACACAAAGGAAACAGAAAGCUGGUGCCCUGCUUAAAAAGAUCCUUCAAGGAAGUAAAAUGGAGGUGGCAGAGGGCAAUUUUACGUGUCGCGCUAUUCCUGUUGUUCUUAAGUCCAUUUUAGAAUGGAUUUAAGUUUUUACACAUUUUAUUUCAAAUAAAACCAUAAGCUGUGUGACUUACUGAACUUCUUUUCAUGAUGUAAGAGAAGCUGAAUGUAUAUAUUACAGAAGAAAUUGUUUAGCAGAUUUAGGUUUGAGGGAAUAGAAUGUUCACAGACACUGGGCAAAAAAUUAAAAAAUUUUUAGUCUCUAAAAUCUAUUACUGAUUACUAACAUUAAACUCUUUAUAACUCUUAGAAAUGGGCAUUACUAAGACUACUUCAACUUGUUGUGUGAUAUAAUGACAGUGGACCAGUUCCAAUCUCCUUAUUCAGGAAAGACUGACAUUUACUCCUAGAGUAGUAGUUUGGUUUUAAUCAUAUGACUGUUAACUUUGAGAAUAUGUAUGUCCAGGGCAAGUAUGAUGGGAAAGUAUAUGUAGGGUGUGGCCCAAAGAAUUUAAGCCCUAAGAUACAGCUAAAUAUGUUAAUGAUUUCAAAAACUCUAGAUAGAAAUUGUGAAUGCAAUUUCCAAAAAUUCAUUUGUACUUAGAGCAAAUAUAAUGUUAGGAGAUGUUUUGUGGUUUGGAUUUACAUAUUUAUAAGGUUUUAAAAAAAUGUUCAUCUUGUCUGAAAUGUAACGUCAAAUAAGUUGGUGAGUUAUCAUAUGAUCUUUCUAGAAAGCUCUGGAUAUGGGUAUUAUCUAUUUUGCUUAAUGUCUGCAGUGCUAAAUUUGUGUUUCUCUGUGUAUUGUGAGUCUUUUUUUUUUAGUUGCCAAUAAUCUGUUUUUAGAGAGUUUUAAAUGUAAGACAACAAAAAACUGUUCAUGCUUUUGAAUGAGAAAAGGACAAUGCUUCAAUAUUGUAUUCACUGUGAGCAUGUCCUCUUUGUCCAUUAAAUUGUUAUUAUUUCCAAA